CAGAGUUUUUUCGCAAUGGCUUUCUGCAGCUAAGAGUGGUCCGCUGCUUUUGUUUUUUGGCUGUGAAACACUGAAGACGCGACCAUUUUUAAUUAAAAAAAAUAAAAAAUCAAGCUCUUCUAAAGUACACUGUGCUUCGAGGUUUUGAAUUUGCAGGCAAUAUGCACUCGUUGAUGGUGCGUAUCCCGUCCUUCAGAUUUGAGGACAGUGCCAUGGAGAAAGGAUAUACGGUAUUUAAAAUUGACGUGCUGACGAGUGGAAGACAGCACUCCAUUGAGAAACGCUACAGUGAAUUCCACUCACUACAUAAAAAGCUGAAGAAGUUUAUAAAAACACCUGAAAUGCCCUCCAAGCAUGUGAGAAACUGGGUUCCCAAAGUGCUGGAGCACCGAAGACUUGGACUGGAAAUAUACCUGCAGACAAUAAUUAUGGAGAAUGAAGUUCUGCCGAAGAUAUUCCUUGAAUUUUUAAAUAUCCGUCACUUUCCUUCAUUACCAAAAACAGAGAGUUGUGGAUCUCUUGAUGAAACUGAAUCGGAAGAAUCGAGUAAACUGUCCCACCAGCCCGUGCUUCUUUUCCUGAGGGAUCCAUAUGUCUUGCCUGCAGCCGAUGAUACUUUUCCAAAUGUAGUUAUUGAAGGAGUCGUUCAUGGGAUGUUUUACCCUCACAUUCAGCCAUGGUAGACAAAGCAAUAAUGAAGCAAAAUGGACAGUUUUUCAGAAAUAACUGGUGAGAAAAGGGAUUCGGAAGAUAACAGAAAGGGGUUUUACAAUACCAGCAAAAUGUAGUGUAUAGAUAUAUUACCGAUUAAUGCACUAUGUAAGUAUACUUACUAGCGAUGGAAUCAGUGAAUAAACAAGCUGUUCAUGUAGAGGCUUCAUUUGUGUAAAACAACUGUAUUGGAGAAUGUUCUCUAUUAAGGAUUUUUAGAUGGGCACUAUGUUGUACAUGUUGCUAGAUGAACUGACAUUUUAAAAUAUUGAAAUACUUGUGUAUCAUCACCUACGUUACUUCUUUUGAGAUUGCAUUGCUCAUCAUUGUAUCCUCUGUUUAACAUACAUAUGGUAUAUAUACAUACUUACCUACUUCUGACUGGUGCAGUGUCCUUUGAAAAAGGAAAUACAGUACUGUAGAUGGGAUAGUCAGCAAGUAAAAAUAAAUAGUUUGUUGAAUUAUUUAAAUUAUCAAAUGUAUGCAUUGUCUACAUAUGUUUAAAUCUGUUUUUUUUUUCUACAUUAUAUAUUCAAAUUAUUUUUGUGAUUAAAAAAAAAAAAAAUCUAAUGUAUUGCUGCUUUUAAGGUUGAAAAAACACCCAUGAAAAUACACGCUUUGAAUAAGUGUUGUCUUGAACCGUUCUUUUACUUUUGUUACUGUGCUGUUUCCAGUCGAAUGAAAUGUAUCCUGUGAUAAUGUGUCUGACUCGUCUAUACUGAGAAUGCAGGUUACAGUACUGAAUUACAUCUGAAAAAGGGAGAUCAAAUAUUGUCUUCCACUUUAACUAAUCCAUGUCAGCUGUAUCAGCUUUGUUUGGUUUGAGACAAUAAAAAACACCUUGAAGCAUGUUAUUGGUAUCAAGAGAAAGCCAGCUCAUGAUCCUGCGAUUAUAAAAUGUUAAGGUUAAGCUAACAAACUUGUGAUAACUUGCAUUAGAGGUAUAACUGUGGUAUUCUAGCACUUUGUGACCUUGUUUGUAUACAUGACUUGACACCCGGCUUAAAUAGACGUCAACAUACAGUAUAAUUCUAAUAAAGUGCACCGUGAUUAUUUAUAUAGACAUCAACGUACAGUAUAAUACUAAUAAAGUGCACCAUGAUUA